GAAAAGCGGUCCGCGGGGACGCCCAUCGGCACGGAACAAAAAGGGCUAGCAGGAGUAGCUCUGCUCCGAGAGACGCGAGACGACACAGUGCCUUGCGGCCUCUUUUCCACACCCACCCCCAACCCCGUGCGGCGGCGCUCCCACGCUGACGGACCAGGCCACUGCCUCCCCCCUCCCCGUCCUCUACCUGGAUCGCGCCCGCGAGCGUCUCCUCCGCGGAGACAUGGCCGGCUACGACGGCAACGGCAACAGCAACGCCGUCCGCGGCGGCGGCGGCGGGAGCAACCAGGAGGAGGUCCAGAUAGAAAUCGCAGGAUCCUCCAAACCCGCGGUUUCCUUGGCCCAUGAAGCACCCCAACAAAGCGCUCCGGUUAAGCACUGGCAAUGGUGGUUGAUGGUGGUACUGAACAUGUUCUUCCUUGUGGCUGGUCAGACGUCGGCAACACUCUUAGGGAGAUUCUACUACAAUGAAGGUGGCAAUAGCAAAUGGUUGUCCACGUUUGUCCAGACUGCUGGUUUUCCGGUGUUGUUUAUUGCCCAAUUUCUUUUCCGUCCAAAGUCACCUUCCACACAAGCAACUACCAGUGGCCCUGAAGCAUCUAUCACCAAAAUCACUCUGAUAUACAUUGCCUUGGGACUCAUCAUUGCUGCAGACGACUUGAUGUAUUCCUACGGUCUAUUGUAUCUUCCUGUCUCAACUUACUCCCUCAUUUGUGCUAGUCAGCUGGCCUUCAACGCCGUCUUGUCAUAUUUUCUCAAUGCCCAAAAGUUCACCCCUUUGAUAUUCAACUCGGUACUACUCCUUACAUUUUCUGCUUCGCUCCUUGGAGUUGAUGAGGAUUCUCCGAGCAGUAGUGAUAUCUCUCAAGGGAAUCAUGUAUUGGGUUUUGUGUUGACACUGGGAGCAUCGGCCACAUACUCACUUAUUCUGUCUCUCAUGCAAGUUACGUUUGAAAAGGUUAUUAAGAGGGAGACCUUCUCAGUCGUGCUGAACAUGCAGAUUUAUACGGCAGUUGUGGCUACAUUGGCUUCUCUUGUUGGGUUGUUUGCAAGUGGUGAAUGGAAGACUUUGGAGGGAGAGAUGCACAUGUUCAGCCCAGGGAAGGUGUCCUAUGUAAUGACAGUGCUAUGGACAGCUAUAUCAUGGCAGAUAGCUUCUGUUGGAGUUGUGGGGUUGAUCUUUGUGGUUUCAUCACUCUUUUCAAAUGUGAUAAGCACUCUAGCUCUACCCAUCAUUCCUGUUUUCGCAGUGAUUUUCUUUCACGACAAAAUGGAUGGAAUAAAGAUUAUAGCUAUGCUGAUAGCCAUCUGGGGUUUUAUUUCAUACGGCUACCAGUUGUAUGUUGAUGACAAGAAGUCUAGGAAGACUUCGUCCAGUGUGGAGGAGAAUUCCUAAUUGCUUUGGUGCAUUAUUUUCCAGACUUAAUUUCUUGGUACUCGAUGAGGUACUAGUUAUUACUAGGCUUACUAGUAAGUUCAUCAAAAGAAAUAUCAUUUCUAUAUGUAUAGAAUGUUAUUAGUUUCUUCCCUUUUCCUAUGUAAGAGAUGUAUCAUCAUGGGAGUUGGGAAAUAAGAAGGCAAAAGUAUUUCUGAGA